AUGUCCGUCCGGUUCGACCCUGCCAGUUUGGCGAUCCUCGAUCGCAUCAACCACGCCAUCAACCUCUUAGAAUCGCAACAACAAGUUAGCGCCGUGAUUCCCCAUCGACCGGGGCCAGGAUUGACAGAUGCAUCACCGGCGUCGAGCACUCAACUUGGCCAGAGUGUGGUGUCAAACGCUACACCAUUGCCGCAAUCAGAACUAGAUGAGGACUCCCUCGAUGUUCCAGGCGAUCCAGCUACAUUAAUCAACUGCGAGGCCAUACUCCGCUGGCCCAUAUUCCGGAGUUGCGUCCCGCCCGACCUCCAAUCCUUUAUCCUCGACUCUGACGAUGCCUAUUCGGACACCCUCGGUCCUUCUCCCGCCCCGCAAAGAGGUGGUGUUCGAGAAGAGGACUUUGUCAAACUCUCGGGGAGGUUUCUCGCAUACGUCCACGUUAAGAACCCAAUACUGGAUUGCUCAGAAUUCAGAUCUAGCGUCAAAGAGGCAGCCGAUAAUGGUAUAGGCUGGGAUGGCCCGUCGUGUCUAGUUCUAAUUGCUUGCGCCCUCGGAUGCUUCGAGUUCGGAGACUAUACCAUCGAUGAAAGAUCUGCCAACCCACGGCAUCGACCCGAGAUGAAACAUUGCGAGGUUUUGGGCGAGGAAAUCAACAUCUGGUGCUCUCAUAUCCCACCUCCAAUAAGCAGUAACGUAAUCGAACAUCCUCCCAAUGAAUUCGCACAUUUCAUCCGCAAUCGUGCUCUCGCCUGUCGCGAAUGGAUUCACCGUCCUUUCCUCUACUACGCCAUCCACCAGCCUCCCGACGACCCGUACAUCCCGCAUAUACUCCCCUUGGUGGAGAAGUGCCUAGAAGUAUGUAUCCAAGGCCAGUUUGAGGCGUAUGCUUUCCGCAGGCAUCACGGCACCUGCUGUGAGGAGCCAAAGGUUGAGGGUCCCCGACGAAUGGAGAGAGGCGGUGCGGUUAUCGGUGGAAACACUCAAAUUCUGGGGGGAGGAAGCAUCCGAUUUGAGAUGGGCGUCCACAGCUUUAGAAAGAAUAGCGGAUGA